AUGAGGUCAACACGAUACAUAUCUAUUGUGGGAUGCCACGCGGAAGGCGAAGUAGGCGACAUCAUCAUCGGCGGCGUGCGCGACGUACCAGCCAAGACGAUGAAGGACAAGCUCCUCCACUUCAGGGAGCACGGCGAAGACCUACGCCAUCUACUACUGAAUGAGCCGCGGGGCCGUCUCGAGAUGAGCGCGGUGCUCAUACUACCACCCUGCGACCCCAGAGCCGACGCUGGGUUCAUCGUCAUGGCGAGCGGCGACUGGUCUCCCAUGUCUGGGUCCAACACCAUCUGCACCACGACGGUGAUGCUCGAGACGGGAAUGAUACCGAUGAAGGAGCCGGUGACGGAGGUCAGAUACGACACGGCUGCCGGUCUGGUCAAAGUCGAGGCCCGGUGCGAGCAGGGAAAGUGCAAGACGGUAUCGAUCGAUAACGUCCCGGCUCUGGUGUACGGGCUCGACCUGCCGGUUGAUGUUCCCGGGAUCGGCACCGUCAAGGUAGAUAUCGCCUUUGGCGGACGGUGGUAUGCAUUUGUGGACGCGAGCAGUCUCGGUCUCGGGGUGGCGAGUGAGCACGCGAGCCAGAUCGUCGACCUGGGGGGGCGCGUCAAAGCUGCCGCAGCGCAGGUAUACAACCCCGUGCAUCCAGAGAUAGCCGAGUUUCACGGCAUCGACAACAUCAGCGUGACCGAACCGCUGGGCGACGCCGGCGACGACGGGAGGAUCGCCAAGCAGGCCAUGGUCAUCAAGCCCGGGCGGUUGGAUAGGAGCUCUUGCGGCACGGGAAGCUCUGCGAGACUGGCGGUGCUCCAUGCACGGGGCCAGAUCAAGACGGGCGAAACGGUACGGUUCAGAAGCAUGAUCGGAACUGACUUUGUCUGCCGUGUACGUGGUGAGACCAAGGUGGGGGAUAUAAAUGCGGUUCUGCCCACCAUUCAAGGAAGGGGCUGGAUCACGUCUUACAAGCAGAUUGUCCUCGACCCGGAAGAUCCGUUUCCUACGGGAUAUAGGCUGAAUUGA